AUGGGUGGGAGUAGUUGUUGUUGGGGGCGGAGGGAGAGAGACUGGAAGAUGAGUUUUUACAUUGUCUUCCUUCCCUUUCAACGAUGUGAAUAUAGUUUGUGCAUGAAAAGAGGGUUUGGUGGAAGAGUGGAUGCACGUCCUAAUCUUUGGCCUAAUGUCGUAGCCGAACACUUCACUUCACGGCCUCGGACCGAAGAAUUGAGGGAAAGAUCAUGGAAGCUUAAAGAAAUAGCAGAGAGGGAAGAGUAUCAAAAGCUUGUUAAAGUCAUCGCGCUGAAGAAGGAUUUCAAUGAACCUUUCUCUACCUAUAAGGAUCAACUUGGCUUUGGUUUACAUGUUGCGCUGACAAUGUUUGCUGGGUAUUUGGUUGGAUAUUUUGCAUUCAAAGCAUUGUUUAACCACAGUCCUAUCAUGAAUGCUGCUGGAGAUAUUCUUGGAUUGGUUUUCGGCAUGCUGCUUGAAACACUUUUGUUCGUUAUUAGAAGUUCGGAUCCUGGCCUUAAAUCACCCUCCUCAACUUCGAGAUUGAAGAAAAAUCAAUAGGUUAGCAGCUAUGAAGAGUAAUCAGCAUGAAUACAGUCAUCUAUGAAAAAUAUAAGUGGUUCCUUUGAAUGCCUCCUACGUUCAACUCAGAGAUUGAGAGACUGAUUCACCCAAACUUGCUAAUGGAAUCCAUUUCUUCACAUUGAAAUCUAAACUGUAUAUUUCGAACAAUCUGGUGCAAGUGUGAUCUUUCUUGCAGCCCACAGGUACUAAUUCCCAUGAUUCGACAAGGUAGCUAUCUUCAGUAGAGUACUGCUUGUUCUGCGUGGACUGACCACAAACUCUGUCAUCCCCGGAGAAGGGGCAGUGAGGUCACAGGCUAAGAUUUUUCUAGUUUCAUGCAAGACAUAAAGCUGUCCUUGGUGAUAUAUGGCAUCAGGAAAACCAUUACACUAUUUGCCAAUUGAAUCUGUAGAUUUUAUGGAGCCCCAGAUUGUGCCUCCUAGUUUGACCACCUAUGCAAGAAUCCCAUGGCGGACGAGAACCUGUCACGACUCAUUUGGAGUAUGGCAA